AUGGCUAAAAACAGAAAAUUACAAACGUUGAAAAAUGAUUUGGCACUUGAAAAUAAACCGGACGUCAACUUUUUCAUCAUCAAUGGCGAACAUUCCCAAGAAUUGAUAGGUCGUUUUCCAUCCAUCGAGAUCCCAAUUUACCAAGAUACUGAACAACUUGGGUUGUGGAGGACUGUGUUUGCUGGUAACAAGGACGAUUUCAUCAUCUUUGACAGGUGUGGUCGAAGGGUGUAUCAUAUUCCCUUACCAUACAGCGACCUAAGGUUAAAUUACACCAGGUAUGCAAUAGAUGUGGUUUAUAACAGAAGAGUCUGUGGCGAAUGUGAUUCAUCAUCAAACUACAUGGACAGAAUGAUGGGAGAUCAACCAGCUUCCACAGAUGUUGAUGAACAUGUUGAUAUAGUUGGCCAGUCCGAUACAUACCGGCAUCGGAGACGACAGAGACAUGGACGUCACCAAGACAGAGAUAUGUGAACCUGACAAAGCUCUGAAUCUGGAGUCAUCCACAGGCCAACACACAAUUGCAUCUGUCCUUACGAGAUCCACCACAGGCGAUGUUCUUGACAAAAUGAAGAGGUUUCCGGUAAUCCCGCGCGACUAAUUCGCUGCACGUGUAGGAAACCGCCACCAACUGUCCAAGAAACAUGUCAAUGUCAAUCCUGUUCCAACAAGAUCGCUAGAAGACCUAGCAGAAUAAAAGCCUGACGACAAACCACAUCCUGACAAUGACGAAGGCGAACAGCAUUCACUUCAUCCUCACAACCAAGGAAAACCUGACAGUGUCCUGUGGCACAUCGUCACAGAUACUGUCAAUGUCCAAUAAGUUCAAGUGAAUGCCACUGCAGAUUUCAUGUGGGGAUGUGCAGAUGACCAACAGCUUAGACUCCGUAAUCCAUCUCUGGAGUCUUAAGAACAUCAUUUAAAACGUUAUCAUUUUUCAACCAAUCCAAAUUUUCUGAGCAUUUUUUAUGCAUAGAGAAAACAUCAUAAAAUUAGACAGUCAUUGUUGUAGUUUAAGGGUCAGCAUCGAUUAGUGCUAAAUGUAGUAUAGAAUUUGUACGUCUUCUCAUAUAAUCUCCUCUUGUUUUAAAAGUCUGAUUUUCAUUAAGAAAUGCUCAGAAAUAUUUGAAGUCUUAAGAAAUACCAGCUAUUGUAAUGAUAGUAAACAGAUAAACAGAGCGAUAUUCUGCAAACUUGAUGCCAGUAUCUGGGUUUCUCAAGAAUAACCAUUGUACAUUGAUAUGUUUAGCUUUAUUUAAACUCACAAAUGAAAUGUUAAGAUUUUUUUAGUUUUUUUAGUGUUUGAUGUUUUAGUAUUGAUGAACUUUUAGUAUAUUUAAAAUAGUUGUUGAUUAAAAUCAGUAUGAAAUACAUUUUAUUCAAUGAAAUAAAGACAUAAAAACAAACAACAAACUUUAAACAUUAAUACUGAAAGUAAACUCAAGUAUACUUGUCCCAUUCAUGGCAAAACUUGAUCCUGGCGUAGAUUUUCAUUAGUUACUAUUAAAUACAUUUGCCUCGUUUCUCAUCAUAACAAGUAAUUUCUAAUGUUAGAAUAUUCAUAAUAAUAUAUUUGUAACAUUACCUUAAAGUCACCAUUGAUUUUUGAAAUCUAUUGACCUCAUAUAAAACAAAAGAUAAAGCAUUAUCUCAGUAAAGUUUAAAAUGACUAAAUGAACUUUUUUUUACACUUUAACACUAUUACAUGAUGAACAAUUAAGGCACAAACUAAUGAUCAAAUAUGAAUAUCAAGCGAUUAUUAUGCAUAGAUAAGAUUUGAUAUGGUAUUCUCCUGGAUACAUGUUACAAAGCUUAAGUGUAGAACUACAAAUUUUGUGUAACUACCUUCACUUUUCCAUGUCAGUAUUAUUCAAUUUUUGCAUUGAAAAUACCAUAAAAUAUAAAAUAACUUUGGCACUAAGAAUGGAUUGCAUUUGAACUUAAGAUUUUCGGAAUUUUUGUAACUCUUGAUCCAUUAAUCAUGACGGCUCAAUCAAUAAUCACACUCCUCUCAUAACUCAUCAUAAUAAGCAUGUGAGCUAAUUUUAUCAACUGCUUCUUUUAUUGGUUUAUAAAUAUCUUCAACUGAUGCCCAUGGUCCCCAAGAGUAUAAUACUUG